ACAAUUGCCUCAUCUCAUCACUACUCAUCUCAUCAUCUCUCUGUUCUACUAGCUACUGCUAUAAUGUCUUCUUCUAAGGUCCCCAUGGUGCUUCUUCUUUCUCUGUUCAUCACUUCUCUUCUAGCCAUGAUCGCCUCAGCUGGCAAUUUCUUACAAGAUUUUGACGUGACGUUUGGUGAUCAACGCGUUAAGAUACUCGAAGGAGGAAAAUCUCUCACGCUCAACCUCGACCAGUAUUCUGGCUCUGGUUUCAAAUCCAAGAACGAGUACUUAUUCGGAAGGAUCGACAUGCAGAUCAAACUUGUGCCUGGAAACUCAGCUGGAACUGUCACUACAUACUAUUUAUCUUCUGAAGGACCAACGCAUGAUGAAAUCGACUUUGAGUUUUUGGGCAACUCAUCUGGAAAUCCAUACACUCUCCACACCAAUGUGUUCAGUCAGGGCAAAGGGGACAGAGAACAACAAUUCCAUCUUUGGUUUGAUCCCACAAAGGCCUUCCACACCUACUCAUUUGUCUGGAACUCCCAACGCAUUAUAUUCUUGGUAGACAACAUUCCAAUCAGAGUGUUCAACAACUUGGAAUCAUUUGGAAUUCCAUUCCCUAAGAACCAGCCUAUGAGGAUAUACUCAAGUUUGUGGAAUGCUGAUGACUGGGCCACACAAGGCGGGCGUGUGAAGACCGAUUGGACUCAGGCACCUUUCACUGCUUCGUACAGAAAUUUCAAGGCCAAUGCUUGUGUUGCUGGCUCAUCCUCCUCCUCCUCCUGCGGUGUCGCCACGACUGCAUCAACUAAUUCCCUAACAGAUCAACAGAGUGCAUGGCAGACUCAAACGCUUGAUGCUGCUGGCCGAAACAGGCUUCGAUGGGUGCAACACAAGUUCAUGGUGUACAACUACUGCUCUGACCGCAAACGAUUCCCUCAAGGCGUCCCAGCCGAGUGCAAGCGUUCAAGGUUCUAGUUCGAGAU